GGGUGAGACCAAAGUGGAGAGUAGUCUGGCCACGGAACAAACUUUUUUUUUUUCUUUUUCUUUCCUUUUUAUUCUACUCAUACUUUUCUUUUUUUUUAAAUAUUGACCUUAAUUUAUAGGUUUAUAUCCUCCACUUUUUUUUUUUAUUAUUAUUACUUUUACGUACUUAGAUAAUCUUAUUACAUUUGCACAUAUUAGACAACAACAAAAAUGGGUAUUUUCGGUUUUGGAUCUUCAAACAAUGACAGCACUACUAUCAGCAACGAAACAUUAAGUCAAGAUGCCGAUGAUUUGUAUUCACCUUCUGGCAACAGUGGAUUCGAAUCUUCUACUGAAUCCUUUGGCGAGAAUUCUUAUGAAAAGAUGCCCGACUUUAUGUCCAGUUUACAAUAUGACAGUUCUAAGCUUCAACCCAUGGCUUUGCAAGGUGGUAUUGAUUUCCUUCAAAUCGACAAUGCUACUGACUCAACAUCUUACGGUGGUGGUGCUUUGACUCCUUCUCGUGGUUGGACUGAUGAUCUUUGUUAUGGUACUGGUACUGCUUACUUGGCUGGUUUGACUUUGGGUGGUGCUUUUGGUUUGGCUGAAGGUUUGAAGAAGAGCAGCACUACAUCUACCAAUAUGAAAGUUCGUCUGAAUACUACUCUCAACACAAUCACUCGUCGUGGUCCUGGACUUGGUAAUUCUGUUGGUGUUAUUGCUAUGAUGUACAAUGGUACCACUGCUAUGAUUGAUGCCUCAAGAGGUACUCAUGAUAUUUUUAAUAGCAUUGCUGGCGGUGCCAUUUCUGGUGCUAUCUUCAAGUGUACUGCUGGACCUCGUGUAAUGGCCAUGUCUUCUGGUGCUUGUGCUACUGUUGCUGGUGUAUGGUCUCUUCUUUCCAAGGCAUUCACUGAUUAGACGGAUAAUAAAACAACAAUAACAAUAUUAGAUUCCUAUUUCCUUCAUCCUUCGUUUUUUUUAUUCUCUCCAUCUUCCCUUUUCCCCUUGUUGUGCAUAGUAAUUGUAGAUUUCUUUUAUUUAUUACUCUUCCCCUCU